GUUUUUAUCUCAUAGAGCAUUAGAGGAAGCGAUUUCUAUUGAACGUUCCACAUCUUUGCCUCUCGAAGCUCCUGAUUGUUUUAAAAUUUCCGUCAAGAGACUUGGUAUAGAACCCACAUCGUUGUAUCGAGGAGUAGGAGACGGAAUCACUCCCUUAGAACACCUUGCCGAACAUUUGAAACAUGCUCUCUCCAAUAUGGAAGGCUUAAGUGUUACAAAGAAAGGUAUUGUGGUUCAAGCAAUAUUGGACGUUGCUAAUGCAACAUCAGAUCAAAUAUUAUCACGUAACUUUCCCCAUAAGUUGGCUCUAGUAGCGAGAUAUAUGUUUACUUACCUUGAUCCAUUAAAGUAUAUCCCAUGA